GGGAGGGGCAAGGAGCCACAGCAGAUGAGGCCAUCAUCAAUUUCUGGCAAGCCCCGGCUGCCCGGCCGGCUGGACACCCCAGUCCCCAGAGAUAACCCCAUGCACUGUGGCUUCAUCCCUCCUUGGCCCUUUCUACCUCUGGCCUAGCUCGUAUUCCCAGUCCCCGACCGAUUGGCCGGUCCGAGUGGAUCACUGUAGCGGCCGGGGACUUUUCUCUCCUUCUUUUCCUGCCUGUCCUCCCUCUCCUUCCCCCGGGAGGAACACGACAGGGGUUGAUGGGAUGGACCGACUCCAGCCCCCCCCCUUGCCCAUGCCUGACCUCGAGGAAGCUUCAUUCAUAUUAGAAGCUUCUCGCGUUGACGGCUGUUCCUUCUUCUCUCUUCUUCCCCUUCCCCUCCAGCUGUUUCUCAGUCAACCAAGAUCGUGCUUACCGGUAUAUACAAGAAGCUCCUUUUUUGAGUUUAUAACUGUCUCUCGCUUAAACAGUCCCUCGCUUCUCAACAACAACAACAUUGACCGUCUUGUCUUGAGUUGUGCAGCAUUCUAGCCUCCACCCAGGUUUAAUUCUUUGCAUUGUACUGCAUAAUAAUUUCAAGUCCUCUUAAUCACACAACACAACAGCCAAGAUGAAGACCUUCGCCGCCCUCGUCGCCUUCCUGGCCCCCGCUGCCAUAAUGGCCCAGACCCCCACCACAGCCGCCACCGGCGCCUCGUCCACCUGCGAAGCCGAGUACAUCGUCGAGGACUGCCUGAGCAGCACCCGAGCUCGCCAGGAAGAGUGCAGCUACAAUGACUACACCUGUCAGUGCCGCGCAUAUGAGGCCAUCGCGACCUGCUACAACAACUGCCCCAACGACAACCGUGCCCCCAUCGCCCAGGGCCAGGUGGACCAGUUCUGCGCCCUGGCCAGCCAGUACGCCUCCACCACCACGGCCACGGCCACCGGCAGCGCCGCCAGCACAUCCUCCACCGGCUCGGCCGCCGCGACUGCCACCGACUCCGACUCCGAGUCCAGCAGCACUGCUACUUCCAGCAGCGCCUCCAGCUCCUCCAGCAGCGAGAGCUCGUCUGCCAACUCGGCCGCCGACCUUGCUAUCAGCGCCGGCGGCCUCCUGGCUGCUGUUGCCGGUGUCAUGGGUGCCCUCCUGUAAGAGGCCCCUUUGACCAUCUCCCUCCAUCACAACUCCGUCGGGGUUAGAUAGUGGGGGGGGAGAGCACAUGUCUAUGCGUGGUCGUGCGAGCAAGCUUUGAGCUCUUCAGGCACGCACCGGCACUGAGCGGGUUAGGUACGACGUCAUGAUGGAUGAUGUGUGAUGGGAAUGAAGGCGUUGUGAGGGAUCGACUUAAUAGCGGAGGGAUUGGGUAAUUGUUGCAUCGCACUGUGUGCGUGUGCAUUGGCUUCAUGUCCGUUCCUUCACAGCUCUGGAAAGGCCCAGUCGUGUGUGUCAGAGAGUGAGAGAGAGAGAGCAAGGGGGACCAGGGCAUGCUUAAGACAGGUUGGAGAUACUUUCCGGUCAUCACAUUUACCUGAAGUAUAUAGCCAGUCUCGCUAGUGUCUAAUACAGCCCAACAGACCGAAGCCAUGGGCUACGUCUGUCCUUCAAAACGAGCUGCUUUGUUGCUCCUGCGUACGGGAUAAUUCCAGCCCAAAAACUUACCCUGACCGUACCUCUGUCGAGAUAGCUACCGUGCCGCGCACCUAGGGUUUUUGAAAACGGUGUUUUUACUAAUACUCUCUAGUAAUAGCUAUAACUACUAAUAGUCCUUCCUUCCUUAGUAUACCUUAA